UCUGUCUCUGUCUCUUGAGAGAGCAAAAAUCUUUCAUUGCUUAAACUCUCCAUAUUUUAAUUCACACUCAACCAAAAAAAAGUAACACGCGUCAACACACUUUUCCUUACAAAACCUUAAACAAAUUCCCCCACUUUUUCAUUGCUUCCGGCACCAAACGUCCAAACCCCAACACCUUCCUCACUUAGCACUCUCCCAAAAUAUUAUUAUUUUAUUAAAGAUUUUAUUCCCUAAAAUAUUCUUCCAUUGACUCACAUCACAUGGACUUCUCACUAAAAAAAAAAUCCUACAAAUCCCACAACUCUUACAAACACCUCAAAAAGCUCUCCGCCGAGAAAUCCAACCAUGGCCACGAACACCUCCCUAUCCUCGACUCAAUGCGAGCCGUUGAUUUGUCUGACCACCCCAGCCACAGCCACCGCGAAGAAGUCAUUGUCAAGAUCUACGACGGAGAUUCCUCGGCGACCAAAGCCUCUGCAACUACUGGUGGCAAGAUUUGGAGAGAGAAUAGUUACGAGUUUUGGAAAGACCAAGCCAAGUCGGGUUUUGAUUUCGUGCGACAAGGCAGCGGCAGCAGCGGCGGCGGCGGCCAGAAUAGUAAUACGGUGGCGGCGGAGGAGGAGGAGAAAGAUCCACCGUCCAAAUUGAUCAAGCAGUUCUUGCACAAGCAAGAGGCUUCGGGCAAGAUGGCGUUGGAUAUGGAUUUGGAAAUGGACGAGCUCCGCCACGAAAACGACAGGAAAUUGCCUCCCGUUUCCGAGUCCCCCUUCAAAGCGACACCGACACCCUCGAGGGAGCUCCGGGUGUCGUUUCAAGAAUCCGAAUUUUCAACCCCCACCUCCAACAAAAACAACGACUCAGUACGACGCCGUUUUAGCAGCGACGACAACAAUAACAGCAAGAGCAACAAGAACAACUACAACAAUGACGGGGUGACGUGGACGUCAAACACGUCGGUUCAGAGGAAAUCGAGCUUGUUGAGAGCGAAAAAUCAGUCGAGAUUGAUGGACCCGCCUCCCGCUGAAAUGGAAAAGCGGUCGGGUCGGGAGCCCGGGUCGGGUCAGGUCCGAUCCGGGAUGUUGAAGAAAAUGGACGACGAAGACGACGACCCGUUUUUGGACGAUGAUAUGCCGAACGAGUUCAGAGGUGGGAAUGUAAAUGCAUGGACUAUUUUGCAGUGGCUGAGCUUGGUUGUGAUUAUAGGAGCUUUGGCUUGCACGCUUGGCAUGCAUGACUUGUGGCACAAGAAUGUGUGGAAAUUGAGACUGUGGAAAUGGGAAGUCUUGGUUUUGGUUUUGAUUUGUGGGAGAUUGGUUUCUGGGUGGGGUAUUAGGAUUAUAGUGUUUUUUAUUGAAAGGAAUUUCCUUUUGCGUAAAAGGGUGCUUUACUUUAUAUAUGGGGUGAGAAAGCCUGUGCAGAAUUGUCUUUGGUUGGGAUUUGUUUUGAUGGCUUGGCAUUUUUUGUUUGAUAAGAAUGUUGAGAGGGAGACGAAGAGUGAUAAGCUUAAGUAUUUUACUAAGGUUUUGGUUUGUAUGUUGGUGGGUACUUUUGUUUGGUUGGUUAAGACACUUGUGGUUAAGGUUUUAGCUUCAUCUUUCCAUGUGAGUACUUAUUUCGAUAGGAUUCACGAGUCUUUGUUUAAUCAGUAUGUGAUCGAGACAUUGUCCGGGCCGCCUUUGAUUGAGAUACAGAACGCGGAGGAUGAUGAGUUUAGUUUUGUUGAUGAGGUUAGGCAGUUGCAAAAUGCAGGUGCUACUAUGCCUCCGGAUUUGAAGGCGAGUGCUACUAUGCCCCCGGAUUUGAAGGCGAAUGCUUAUCCUUCGAUGAAGAGUGGAAGGGUUAUUGGGAGUGGUGGGCUGCAGAGGAGUGGGAAGUUGUCAAGGACAAUGUCGAAGAAGGGGGAUGAGGGGAUAACUAUUGAUCAUUUACAUAAGUUGAAUCCUAAGAAUGUGUCUGCGAGGAAUAUGAAGAGGUUGAUGAGGAUUGUGAGGCAUGGGACAAUUACCACAUUGGAUGAGCAGGUAUUGGAAACUACCCCUUCUGGGGACGAUGAUUUUUCUACGCAGAUUAGGAGUGAAGUUGAGGCGAAAGCCGCAGCAAAGAAAAUAUUUCAGAAUGUUGCUAGGCACGAGUCCAAGUUCAUCUACAUGGAGGACUUGAUGCGUUUCUUGAAAGAAGAUGAGGCUGUGAAAACCUUGAGUCUCUUUGAAGGAGCCUCUGAGACCAGGAGAAUCAGUAAAUCAUCCUUGAAGAACUGGGUGGUCAAUGCCUUCAGAGACCGAAGAGCACUCGCUUUGACGUUGAAUGAUACCAAAACAGCCGUGAACAAGCUUCAUCGAGUGUUGAACAUUCUAGUUGGCCUUGGCAUAUUUGUGGUUUGGCUUCUGAUAUUGGGAAUUGCCACAACCAAAUUUCUUCUCUACAUAAGCUCUCAGCUCGUCCUCGUUGCAUUUAUUUUUGGAAACACCUGCAAGACAGUAUUUGAAGCAAUCGUCUUCUUAUUUGUAAUGCAUCCAUAUGAUGUUGGAGAUAGGUGUGAAAUUGAAGGGGUUCAGAUGGUUGUAGAAGAAAUGAACAUCUUGACUACUGUAUUUCUGAGAUAUGACAAUACAAAGGUCAUUUACCCAAACAGUGUUCUUGCUACUAAGCCCAUCAAUAACUUCUAUCGUAGUCCUGACAUGGGAGAUGCCAUUGACUUCUGUGUCCAUAUAGCAACACCUGCAGAUAAGAUUGCAGCUAUGAGGCAAAGAAUAAUUAGUUAUGUUGAGAGCAAGGAGGAGCACUGGUGUGCUGCACCUAUGAUUGUAUUGAUGGAGUUUGAAGAGUUAAACAGACUGAGGUUGGCCUUGUGGCUCUCACACAAAAUGAACUACCAAGACAUGGGUGAGAAGUUUGUAAGGAGAUCUCUUUUGAUGGAAGAGAUGGCUAAGAUUUUCCGUGAGCUUGACAUUCAAUACCGCCUGCUUCCAGUUGACAUUAAUGUCUGCGCCAUGCCUCCUGUGAUCUCUACCCAGCUUCCAACCACUAGGGUGGAAAAUACGCAUUUGAGUGAGGAAACAGGACACGGAACAGCUCAAAACUGCAUUGGAAAGGGAGGUUUUAAAACUUGAGAGGCAGGCUUGGCCAAAUCCUCAAUCAUUACCUCCUGUAGGCAAGCUUGAUCUA